AGGAUCUGGGUUCCUCGUCGUGAGGAACCCGAGCCCGAUCUGGAUGGGGAACCCGAGCUGGGUUCCUCCGGAGGAUCCCGAUCUGAGUUCCUCGGGAGGAACCCGACUCUGGGUUCCUCGUCGUGAGGAACCCAGAUCGGGUUCCUCCGGGGUUCCUUCAGAGGGUUCCUCCGAAGAUCUGGAUGGGGAACCCGAGCUGGGUUCCUCCGGAGGAUCCCGAUCUGAGUUCCUCGGGAGGAACCCGACUCUGGGUUCCUCGUCGUGAACCAGAGCUCCUGUUCUUCUUUUUUUUUUUUUUUUUUUUUUUUGAGCAGC